CCCUCGCAGUAGACAAAGCUUCCCAGUCCCGUCGCACAAAGACCACAACUCCUCCACUUCACCCUCGCUAGGACUACAACCCGAAAAUAUCCUCCAGAAUGGCUUCUCCAGAGUCGCCGCCCCAACCCGCUCUUGCGACGACGAAACGGAAGUUCCACAAACUCCUCGAUAACCUCGCCGCGAGCACAUCCUCCACCUCCCUUGCCAGUACUCUUCAGGAGUCCAAUGCCUCUGCGACAUCCAUAGUGGAACGAACGCUCCCCGAACCGCCGCAAAAGCGUUCGCGCGUCACCGAUCUUGCAGGAGGGACGCGUACCGUCUCAGGCAGCGACCGCAUACGUGCCAUACAGGAGAAACUCUUCACGCCGCGUAAGUCUGGUGAUAGGCAGGCUGGUACCGGUAUUCGCACCGUCAACCAGAGCUCUGGUCCGGUGAAGCUCUCGACGCCAAGAAAGGAGCCGAACUUCCAACCACAUAGCCAAGAGCAAUUCCUGGGAAGAUUGAAAACGUUCGCGGACGUGAAGAAGUGGACAAACAAGCCGGAGGCGAUAAACGAGGUGCAAUGGGCGAAGCGAGGAUGGGUGUGCGAUACCUGGAACACAGUGGCUUGCAAGGGUGGCUGCGAGCAGAGGGUGGUGGUGAAGCUGUAUCCAAGGAGGAAGGACCAUGAUGGAAAGGAGAUCGACAUGACGGAGGACAUGAUAGAUGAUGUGGACGAAGGACUUAUCCAGAAGUUUGGCGAGCUCAUCGUGGAAGGGCACUACGAGGACUGCCUUUGGAGGAAGCGUGGCUGCAUGGAUGAUAUAUACCAUAUACCGAUCCCUAACCGGGUUAAGACCUCGGCAGAACUCCUUGAGCGGUAUCGUUCAUCAUUAGCCAUCGCGGACGAGCUACCUCUCCCAGAGAACUUUACAUACCCGGGUCCGUCAAUAGAAGAAAUUCUCAAGGACAUCAACCAAACCUUCUUUACUCUACCAGACUCCUCGCCACUGGAGAACUUCCCUCCUUCUUCAGCAGCAGAACAGAAAGCAUUCGUAUUUGCACUCUUCGGGUGGUCAGGCAUGUCCGAAUCCAACAUUGCACUGGCUACCUGCAACCACUGCUUCCAACGCGUUGGCCUGUGGCUGUACAAGGAUGAGAAGCUUAAAGCUUCGAGUUCCAGGCUCGAUGUCCCCGUCGAAUCUCUUCGUCUCGAUCUCCUAGAAUCCCAUCGCGAGCACUGCCCUUGGAAGAGCCCGCAAAGCCAGAGCAACCCUCCAGAUGGGCCAGUCAAAAAUAUGGCCGCCUGGGAGACUCUGGAAUAUGUGCUCAGGAGCGGGAGGGGGAAGAAGGAAGAGAAGCACACUGCGGCGGACGCUGAAGCGCAGAGCUACAGAGGUAGUAUCGACAGUGACGGGGGUGCAUUGGAGAUGAAAGAUGCUGAUAACACAAAAUCCCUGAACGAGAAGUGGCGGAAAUUCAAAGCAAAGUUGAGGCGGACAACGAGUAGAAAGAGCCUGAAGAGCAUCAAGAGCAUGAAGAGUGGGAAAAGCGUGACGUUGAAUGGAGAGAAGGAAACGGAGAACGCUGACUGAGAAGUCGCGCUGCUGAAAUUCCAAGUAUAUCUCUGACCAGACCGCGACACAACACCUCACGGCAGCCAUACAGGCACGCAUGUCAGCCGCCCACAUGCAGAUGAUGAAGAGUACCGACACGUAAUUAUCCGACAUUCUCCAAAGAG